AUGGCACAACAAGUAUCGCAGCGGAAGCAGCAAGAGCUGCAGCAACAAUACGAGCAAUAUAAAACGAACCUUCAACAAAUAGCGUCGAAGAUAGGUGAUGUCGAGGCAGAAGCCGAAGAACACAGACUUGUAUUAGAAACACUCGAGCCGCUUGCGGGGGACCGGAAAUGCUUCCGCAUGAUCAAUGGCGUGUUGGUGGAGAGGACGGUGAAGGAUGUGGUUCCGGCGUUGCAAACAAAUAGCGAGGGGUUAAAGAAGGUGCUGGAUGAGUUGAUGAAGAGUUAUAGGAGUAAAAACGUAGAAAUGGAGAAUUGGAAGAAAAAGAACAAUAUUCAAGUUGUUUCUCAGUAA